UGUAACCGGAACAAGUAUACGGUGGGCACACCGUCUGCCUGCACGAAGGUGCAAACCGAAGCGUGCGUCGUGAGCCGGCCAGGACGCAUCGCCAGUCGCUCCUCACGCUCCGCUGGGAACGAACGCGCACACUUGCGCCCGCGCACCAUAGCCGACGCCGCACAUAUCGCGAUCGCUACGUACACACUCACUCGUCCUUCAAGUUUACAAACAAAAAUUAUUAUGCCGGCUUGAAACAAAACAAAAAUGUCGUUCUGCAGAAUUACUGGCCGCAGCAGAGGGCUGCCGAAGCCUAACUACUUUCCGCUCCUUGCUCCAAUAUCACCGGCAGAUGCAAAACGUUGUUGCAGAAUCACUGGUAAAUCUUAUGGUUUACCGUCGCACCACUACAUUCCAGUACUACUCACAGCCCGAUCGGGAAAAACCAAAUGCAAGAUAACCAAUGUUGCAGGGGAACUCGGCCCGCACCAUUACGCACCAGAAAUUAAUUACGGGAACCGUAAGCAUGAAAUGUUACCGGAUUAUCGGUAUAUUUUCCCUGUUCUUGAUGGUUCAACAGAGGCACAGAAAGUGUUGAUGGAUAUGCUUACGGCGAAACAAGUGACUGAAGAUAAGCGUUACGUGUAUACUGUUCAAGAAAGACGUUGUAGUUUAGUUUUCUCUGCCCAAAUGGAAGCGGCAGUCCGUGAUGGUGAUGUCCGAGAUGUUAUGUUGGCUAAGGAUUCGGAUACAGUGCUUAUCAAAAUGAAACAAGGUCGAAGUGUUUCUAUGGAUUUUAAAGACUUUACUGAUGACGUAGAAAUGUAUGAAGGUGAGGGACCUAAUGCUGAAGUAUUGAAACAAAGAGAACAAGAGGAAUUAGAAGAGAAAAAGAAAAAGAGGAAACGAGUUGCUUUGUCGUCUAUGAAAAAAAUAUUUGAAAAUAAAGAAAGACUAGCAGAAGUUCAAGAGCUAGAAGAAGAAAAACUUCGUCUCGAUAGAAAAGCGAAAAAAGCAAAGUUAGAUGUUUGCAAACAUGAAAAACAUGACGUGAAAACUUUUACUUCAAAUAAUUUCGAUAUUAAUCAUAUGCGUUCAAAAUCAAGUAUUGUUAUGUCUAGUGGUGAUUGGAGAGACCAAUUACACCCAAUCAUGGAGUCCUGGGAUUGGGAUGUUUUUGAAAAAAAUCUGCAUGACGAACAUAUUGUUUCGAAAGUUGAUAAACUACCUACGCCUGUAAAAAUAACUCCUCACCACUGUGAGUCAGAGAUCUAUGAAACAAAUCAAAGCAUCAAUGAAUUAAGUUUCUCAUUGGAAAAUGUGCCGUGUGUCAAUCCAUUAAAACCAGUGAAAUCGCGCCCCGAUGAAUCAGUUCUGACGGCAGUUAAAGAGUUGCAUGAAGAACGUCUCGUUGAAACUGCAAAUGUUAUUGAAAAGUUGAAUGAUGACAAUAACAUUGGAAUGCUCCCUACCGUGGAAAAUUUACCAGAAUUGGUUAAAAAUAUAAAGAAAGGGAAAAGAGAAAAGGUUUCUAAAAUAACUGGACUUACAAUAGAUAUAAACAAGGCGAAGAAAUUCAUACCUGGUCAACACGUAAACACCCCACAAGGGCCAGUGUUUGUCCCGGGCCAAACAGUGGAAACACCUUCAGGACCAGUUUUCGUGCCAGGUCUUAGUGUAAAUACUCCUACAGGACCAGCUAUUAUUCCAGGACAUAUUGUCACUAAUGAGAAUACAAAUGAACCAUUUUUCCUAGCUGGACAAGUUUUACAAACCACUAGCGGUGAAGAAUUCGUUUGUGGACAAACAAUAAAAACCAAAGACGAAUCAUACCGAUUUGUUGAAGGUCAAACAGUGUUAUCCCAAGAAGGGUUAAAGUUUGUGCCCGGAAAAGUAAUUAAUAAUGCUACAGAAGAAGUUUUUGUUCCUGGUCAAACGAUUAUGACACCAGAAGGAGUACAGUUUAUUCCUGGUCAAACUAUAACAGAAAGUGGCGUAACAACAUUUACUCCUGGACAAAAUGCUAAAAUAAAUAACGAGUGGCAAUUCGUUCCAGGCCAGGUAGUACAUCAAGAUGACGAAUUGCAUUUUGUUCCUGGUGCAACAAUCAGUACCCCUAAUGGUCUGAAAUUUGUUCCUGGUCAGACUGUAGCUAUUAAUGGUGAAACUUGUUUCAUACCCGGCAUAACGAAAACGACUUCCAAUGAUAAAUUAAAAUUCGUACCAGGCACGACAGUUGACACCAUAGAUGGACCUAAAUUUAUUGAAGGACAAAUCGUGCAAACAGAUGUGGGAGAUAAGUUCAUGCCAGGGAAAACUACUGUUCAGGCUAACGGACACGUUGAGUUUUCAGUAGCUAAAUCAUUAGAAGAUAUAACUUUCUCAGAAAGUGCACCUGUUGGUCUCCCUAUUGACAUAAAAACAUGUUCUAUAUCCGAAGAAUCAUUAUACGUGUUUGGACACAUGAUUCAAACAGCAAAAGGUAUUGAAUUUUAUCCUGGUUCAAGAAUACCCAAAAUGGAAGGCAAAGUCGUACCCGGAAGACUUGUUAAGAAUGAAGCAAAUGAAUCUCGCUUUGUUCCUGGAAUGAUGGUGGAAGGCAUAUUUGUACCAGGGCAAAUCGUCUUUACAGAAAACGGUGAACAGUUCGUUCCAGGGCAAGUAGUAGAUACAGCAGAUGGGCCCAAAUUCGUUCCUGGUCAAGUUGUUAAUACGAAAACUGGACCGAAAUUCGUACCUGGUCAGACCAUACAUACUAUUGAUGGGCCGCGUUUUGUACCUGGACAGAUUAUCGAAACAAAAGCAGGUCCUACAUUUAUACCUGGUCAAGUUAUUUCUACAGAAGAAGAAGGAUCUCGAUUCGUUCCAGGUCAAGUAGUAGAUACGGAAGAGGGACCUAGAUUUGUACCUGGUAGAGUUAUUGAGACGGAUGACCAUGGAGUGACGUUUGUACCUGGACAAAUUGUUCAAACUCCUGAAGGCUUGAAGUUUGUUGCACCUGACCUUACAGAAGGGGAAGAAGGUCUAGAAUUUUCUGUUCAAAGUUUUGUAGUAACACCUGAGGAACUUAAAUUGCUGAAAGUAAAAACCAAUCCUAAUGAUACAACAUCCACAAAAGGAGAGUUAACCAUUGACAGAAAUAUGUUAAGACAGUUGUCAGAAGCUGGUAUGUCUAUUGGCAGACAAGUUCCUGCUGAAUUACCUGCAAUUAAUGUAAUUUUAAAUGAGACCAGAAAUGCUGAAGCGUUGAAAGCUUUCGUAACUGAUUUUGGAUUGAAAGACGAUGUAGCUAAUCAGUUGAUGGAUGUAAUUACAUCAAUAAUAGAGAUGAGUGUCCAUUUAAAACGUGAAUUACAUGAAACUACUAACUCAGACUCCAUGAACGAAAACAAAAAACGUCGACCUGAAAAAAAUAAAAUAGAUAUUGAGAAUGUUAACGAUUUAAAUAAUGAUAAUGGUCAAUCAGCCCAACAAGAACAUGUCAAAAAUUCUAUCGCAGCUGCAGUACUUGCUGCGUUAGUAACAGCAGAGCAAUUUGAGGAAGAUAACAAUAAUAGUAGAAAAGAAAAAUAUCAAUUAAUAUUAAAAUCUAUAGAUACUAUUCUGGGAAAAGCGAUUGACGAAGACUUUGUUGCCUCUAUGUUUCAAAUUCUACAAACGGAAGAAAAAAAAGACCUUCUUCGCGAAGAAAUACUUGAAAAUACUACAGAACCCAAAGUGGAGUUGAUAAAACUAGCAGUAAAUAAUACAUUACAUAAACAUUCCUUCACCGAAGAAGAUAUUAUAGAUAAAUUUGGUGACUUUCUCACCAGCGGGAAUGAUAUUUUGGGACCUGCCUUUAAAAAUAUAUCUCGUACUGACGUAUCUUUAUUACAUCACGUUUUGGAAAAUAUAUCCGACUCAAUUUCAUUUAUAAAAACGGAUCACGAAGCAACAGAAGCACUUCAUAAAGCUAUAGUAUCUGCCGUUCAAGAAGCCAGUAGUAAAGAGUUGGAAAUCAUGUUACAAGAUUCUGAUAAAGAUAAUCUGAGAAAGUUAAUUAAUCAGUCUGUUGGACUCGCUAGGAUACUUGGCAUGAGAGACGUUGCAUCAAAAUUAUUAUUAGUAGUAAACGACGAACAAAGCUUUUCUAAAAUAUCAACCGAUAGUACGAGCCUCAGCGUCUUAAAAAGAUUGACAGUUAUGCGAAAAUUAGCAGAAAACUCUGCAAGCUUACACAGUGCUCUGAAAAAGUUAGAAACUGAUCCAGAAUUAGCUCGAACUGAUCCUAAGCUAAGAGACCUAGUACGAGAAAGUGCCGCACUUAUGAUCAUACCUGAAGAAUCUCCAUUGCUGACAUCCGAUGAAAUCCCAAUAAAUUUGCUUCACCCUGAAAAUAGUUUGGCAAUGGAAGACUUUUUGUAUCAACGCAAACAACAUUCUGGUGCACUUUUAAUCAUCAAAAAGGGAUUACAAGCUGUAGUACCCCGCGAAGCUAGUCGUGCUGUUUUAACUGGUCAAGUAGCUUAUAAAGUUCUUGAUGAAAACGGCAUUAGACACUUUGAACCUAUGCACGUAUUCUCUGCCCUCAAUCUUAGUCAACCAACGGCACAUCGUUUCUCGAUGUAUAGUUGUCCUAUUGUUGAUGAUAACGACGAAGACUUACAAACAUUUACUGGAUAUUGCAAUGUCAGUGGUCAUCAGAGAAUAACAAAGCUUGGAGGAUGGUCCCGGUGGCAUAGUGGUGUUUUAUUGGAUAGAGAGAACACCAGAAGUCGAAUGAGUAGCGUGGAUACAACUCCUAGUUAUAAAAGAUAUCCUUCUCGAUCUCUAUCUAGAUCUCGUUCCAGUUGUAGCAGAAGUCCUUCUAAGGUAGAGGAUGUGGUUGUUGCAACCACAGACUACACGGCAGUCGGUGAUGAUGAAGUCUCGCUUAAAGCUGGCGACAUCGUAGAGGUUCUCGACACCAAAGCUGCUCUUGGAUCCAAGUACAGAGGGCGCGUUUAUUGUUACGAGAAUCAUUUCUUCCAGUCCAGGGGUCCGUCUUUAGACUAUGUCUUUAGCGUUCCUACGUACAGAAUGUACUAUUAUUAACCAUGACUGAAGAAGAAUGAAGAAUUCAAGAUUUCAUGAGAUCAUUGCCGCGUUGCCUCAUUGUAUAUAAUCUCGCUUCAGAACAAGAGGUGUUACGAAUUAUUUAUGUUCUAUGUUAUCAUUAUUCUACGUGUUGUGAUCUACAUUUAACUGUUGUGAUAAUUUUACUGUGUCAUGCCACUGUUUUGGCUUGUCAUUAGUAUUCAGUCAUUGUGUUUUUAGCAUAUCAAAUUAUCAUUGUAUUUGUGUAUUCCUAAGUUGUUAUAAGCAAGGUAUGUAAU